AUGGAGACGGGCGGCCGGACUCGGCCGGCGGAGUGGCGGUGGGCGGGCGGCCAGACUCGGGCCGGCGGAGGGCGGGCGGCCGGACUCGGGCUGGCGAAGUGGCGGCGGGCGGACGGGCGGACGUGGGCGCGGCGAGAGCUGGCGGGCAGCGGCUGCGUCGAGGCCGCGGGCAGCAGCCGCAGCGGACGUGGGGGUGGCGGCGAAGAGCUGCGCAGGCGGCGCAACACGUGGCCAAAGAGGCCGGGGCGGGCGGACGGGGGUGGCAGCCGGAUGAAGGCGGGCGGCGGCGUCCGGGAUAGAGAGAACGGCUGCCGGGGCGGACGACGGCGAGGGAGAGGCGGCGGCGGCUGCGAGGAGAGGAGCUACCUACAGCUCUGA